AUGAAGCACGGCCAAGACGGUUUCACAGCACCUCGACGACUAUCGCUGUCGCGGUUCGCCGGCUCUCCUACGGCUGUGCCCUUGCACUUCCGUCCCCCGCCUACAUCACCACGACUUCAACGCUCGCCUUCUAUCAGUUCUCCCACGGCUGCCUCACUUGGCUCUCCUAGCCAGGGACGUCGAAGCCGCCCCAACUCAGUUGAGUUUAAACAUUCUCGCGAGAUUCGACCUCUAUUCUUAGUGGAGCGCCAUGGCUCAAGCAAGAUGGAGGACCAACUUGGCGAUGAGCCAUUGCCGUCUCUCCCAUCAAGCAAGAGCGCAUCUGCAGAGGAUCUCACGGUCUUGCCAGAUCAGAACACUUGGGAGUCUGCCGAACACAGUAGUCAAAUCCAAGAGACUAGUCAGCCAACAGAGGAGCCCUAUAGCCCACACGAAGUUCUUGGUUCUCAGCAAAACACUCCUACUCGUGCCACGUUCGGACCUCCACACCAUCUAUCUCGGAAGCAGGAACUAGGCUAUGAGUUCCACUCUCCGUCAGAACUUCUGCAGGAAUCAAGCUCAUAUGGCGAUCUGCCGUCAUCCCCGGCAAUGGAGGCCCUGCCUUCUGCUGAGAGCUCCACGGUUGGAGUUAAAGAGGAUGACCGCCUACCACGGGAACUUGAAAGCCUGCCUGCCCUCCCUGACUCCCGCCCCACUACCCCAGACGACAAAGCUAUUCCUGCCGGGGAUGCGCAACAGCCAACAACCCCCACACAGGAAAAAUAUCUUCCCGCGACCGAUGUCCCAGAUUUCUACAGCGGCCCCGGUUUCGCAGGGGUCGUUGACGCCGCCGUAGCCGCUGCACAUCCGGACACUGCUCCGUACCCUGACGCCGAGGCCCUUGCAAAAGCUCAACGUUACGAUGUCGAAGACGAUGAUACAGCUCGCACCGUCACUGGCGAUGAUGUGCCAGCUGUAGAGGACGUUGACGCCACGCCGCCAGGCUCUCCAAUAAAACAGCGAGAAUACCAUGACUCGUUCGCUGAGCGUGCGGCGCCUUGGGGCUUUGCCUCCGUUGUUGGUGCCGCUGUUGCUGCGAAUAAGGGCUCUCCUGGAGAAGAACGUCAACUCCCAGGCGACUUCCCUGUUACUACGCCCAGUGGAGAUGAGAAAACCCCGUCUGUUGCUGAUACAACGGAAGACGAGUUCUUUGAUGCUAUGAGCCAGGAUGAACUUGGUUAUGAGGAGGAAGCAUGGGACUUGAACCUUCCAGCUCAGCCCACGGAACCUGUUGUCCCAAGGGAAGUUUCUGAAGACCUUGGACCCCACCGCCGCGAACCUGAGCCCGAGCCCGUUCCGGUAUCUGAGCCAGGACUCGACGCUGUAAAAACGGAGGGACCAUCCGUUACCGAGCAAGGGCCUACAGAAGCCGCGCCAGAAAUGACUGACAGGGUGACUGAUAAGGCCAUCGAAGCGCAAUCCGAAGAUGUCGACCCAUCGACCUCUUCCAAAAAGAAAAAGAAUAAAAAGAAGAAGAAGGGGAAGAGCAUCGAUGUAACCGACCAGGGCGAAGACAAGUCACUCGAGGCGCAAACAUUUGAUCCCGCACCUUUAACACUCGGAGUGGAUGAGAAGAAGGACGAGGUUCAGACCCCGGCUCCUGAACAGGUCCAGAUGAGCGGAAUACCUGCAGCUGAAGAAGGCAUGGCGGGACAGGUCGCAGAGCCAGAGCGGAAACUUUCUGUUGAUACGGACGAUAAUUUUGAGGACGCUGAAAUGGGCCCAGUUCCUGAGCUUGUAGAGGAAACGCCCGUACUGGAUGAGGUCGUUACCGUGCCCGAGCAAACUCCGACAACCGACCUCGAGCGUCCAAGUGAAGAGAACCGGUCCAUCCCGAUGGAGGAAUCCCUGUCUAUUGAGCAGCCCGCAGAGGAAGUUGCGCGAGAAAUUCCCCUAGAGACCACGGAAACGAGCAACGUGGUAGAUCCCGAGCCGACUCUGCCUGAAGAGCCUGAAGAGACUGCCAGCGACGCGGGCCUCUCCAAAAAGGCGAAGAAAAAGAAGAAGGCUGCUAAGGCCAAGGCUGCCGCUGCCGCCGCCGCCGCCGCCGCCGCUGUGGGCGUGGCUGUUGAAGAGGCCGUACCGACUGAGGAGUUGUCUGCUCAAGCUGAAGACCCUGUUGCUUCUCAAAGCGCUGAGCCAGAGGUGCGGGAAGAAGAUUUGGAGCCGACGGAUGCCACGCGAUCAAUUGAAGAUGUUGCACAACCAGCCGAACAACCAGAGGGAUUAGUGCCCGAGGAGCCUCUGCAACCAACUGAAGCGGCUGAGGGUGUCUACGCCCCACCUGAGGAACCAUUCGAUCGUGUGCCCGAGGACAUCUCUCCUGAGCGGGAACUCAAUGAGCCUGCGGUAUCAGCCGAGCAACCAGCUACCGAAUCUGAGCAAGUGCAUAUCCCAGACGAGGGAACCCAAGAGAGCUCUACAGCUGCCGAUGUUGCGGCUCCCGCCGACACCGACCCUCUGCCUGAAUCCAACGAGCCGGAGCAAGAAGCUGAUGCUCCACUUUCACGCAAGGCCAGCAAGAAGGACAAGAAGAAAAAGAAGCGCAAGGGUGCCGUGGAAGCCGAGCCUGAAGCUGAGGCAGCAGAUUCUCUUCAGCCCGAGCCUGAGUCUUUGGCAAAGCCUGAAGAGGGUGUUGAAAGGGAACUUCCUCCUGGUGAAGACGACUCCAAAAUUCAACCGCGGGAAGACAUUUCUGGAGAUUUCAAGGAGAAUAUAACCGAGUCAGUUAAGAAUGAAGAGGUCGCACCAGAAUCCGCGUCUGAUACGGUGGCCUUGGACCCAGCAGAGCCAGCAGUUGCCGCCAUUGCGGCCGCCGAAGAGUCCAAGCAGCAAGAACAGGAUGACACUCUGGGAAAGGACAAGGACACCUCUGCUGAAAAUGCUGUGCCAGAAGAGCCUUUGGAAGAAUCAACCAAGAAGACUAAGAAGCAGAAGAAGAAGAAGAACCGCAAAUCCACGAGCGCUUCUGAAUCGCAGCUGGACCCUGAGCCUGAAAUGAAGCCCGAAGACAUUGCAACUCGGCCUGAAACAAGCGAUACAUUGCCACCUCUCGAUGACACCCAACAACAACAUGAAGUGGAUACCAAAGAUGAGCCUGCCGACACUCAGACUGCUGGUACUAUUUCUGAACAAAUCGAAGGUGAACCAAGUCAACCGGUGGAGUUAUCCGAGACCAAUGAUCGCGGACCACAUGUGCUUGAGCAACCAACAAUCGACCCUGAGGAGGGGGAACAAACGUCAACAGAGAAGAAGAGCACAAAGGAGGACAAGCAAAAUGUUUCCAACGCACCCGAGGAAACCUCGCUUCCCGACGUUGUUGAAGGCCCAGAAGCCCCUGAGCCCUCGCUACCCACCACGGAGGCCGGCCCUGAAGUCCCUAUCAAAGCUCCUACAAUUCCAGAUGAACCCUCGACAACUGCAUCUCAAGAUCCAACGGAGGAAAUGUCGCGUGGGGUGGAAACAGCCACCGAAUCGGGCGAUGUCGCUAUUCCUGAAAGCCAGGACGCCGCCGACGCUCCGCCAAUGACAACCGCUCAGAAGAAAAAGGCGAAGAAGGAAAAGAAAAAGAGGGAGCGCCAGUCAUUAUUGCUUGGGGAAUCAGAAACCCCAGCUACUGAGGCUGUUGUUGAAAAGGAGCUGGCCGAAGCUCCUGCUCAAGAGCUUAUACAGGAGCCGGAGGUUGUAACUCCCGACCAACAAGAAGCUGUUUCAAAAGCAAUGGAGCAAGAAAGCGAACAGCAAAUCUCUCAGCUACCUGGUGAACAAGUGGCAGGGAAGAUCUCGGAGCAGCCUGGGGAUGGAUUAGUUGCAACGGAACCACCAACAACCGAAACCACAGAGACUGUACCAGAGCCUGCACAGGACACAACUACCGGCCACAUUGAAGAAGAACCUCCAGCAAUAGCGGACAUAGAAGGACAAGAAGGUAAGGCUAUCGAGCUGGGCGUCCCUGCCGUACCCGAAGAGCCAACCGAACCCGUUUUUGAGGAUGCUCAGCCUGUCCAAAGUGAGAGCACAAGAGAUAUCGGGGAGCUUGCAGAAGAUUUAGCCUCAUCAAGGACCGAUGACCAGCCUGGUAACGAGCAGCCCAAGGACAAUUUACCUUCUGAUGUUGAUGCCACAACGAUUGAGCCAACGGAAGACAUCCAGCAACAGACUACGGAGGAAACUCAAACUGCCACUGACCCUGUUCUAGAAACUCCAACGGAAGAGACUCAGCCCACUUCGAAGAAAGACAAGAAAAAGAAAAAGAAGAAGAGACAGUCUGGAUCCGUUGAGACCGAGGCUGAGGCUGAGGCUACUUCCGUAAAGGAUGAAGACACUGCCCCUGUGAUUCCUACCGAACUACCUACCUCUGAUGCACCAGCCACGGUCGAGUAUGUGCCAACUGAAAGUGCAACGAAAGAGGAAGUGGUGACAGAGUCUCAGCCGGAGCCUGCUGGCACAAUGCAAGAAAUACAAGAGACUGAGAAGGCCGAGGAGCUCUCGGUUCCUACCGAAGAUAUUCCUGAAGCUUCUGUCGAACAGCAUGGCUCCGGUUCUCAGGAUCGAAGUAUCCCCGAGCUAGAAACGGAGGAAACUUCCCUCGCUGAGGUGCCAACUCCAGUAGAUGCCGAGAUUCAGGAGCAGGAGAAACCCGCAGAAGAGACUGAGACAGCAAGCUCAACGAAAAAGAACAAGAAGAAAAAGAAGAAGAGUCAGUCUACCUCUGUUGACGAGGAAAAACCUGCGCCUGAACCAGAGCCUGUUUCGGAGAAACCUGCUGAACCGGUCACGGAAACUGCGUGGACCACUGUACCAGAAGAGGCUGCUGUUGUUUCUGCUGCUGCUCCUACUGUUGAGGAGACUCAACCUAUUAAGGAAAAUCCUGCGCCAGGGUCAGAGGAGCUGGAGACCCAGGAUCUGCCCCCGGCCGAGGAGGAGUCAAAAGCUUCGAAGAAGAAGGCUAAGAAGGACAAGAAGAAGCGCAAGUCCGUCUCAUUCGCAGCCGAGGAGACAUUUGAGCAAGAUGUUGAACCUUCGGAGCCCGUCAAGCACACUGAUUCUGCAGAGGUUAAGGAACUAGAGCCAACCGAAAUUCCUGUUGAAACCGAAGCAGCUGACAAGCAGAAAGAGGUGGAAGCUCAAGAGCGUGAGCUAGAACCAGCGGAGCCAAGUGAAGCCAUCCCAGAUGCAGUGCCGGAGAUAGACGUGGCCGGGGAGUCUAAACAAAAUGAGGAAGCACCCGCUCAAGCUGAGAUCCUUGCAGAAGCGGAGUCUGCCGGUAAAUCUCUUGACCAGGGCGAGGGACUCAGUGUGGGCGAAAGCCCUUCUGAGGAGGUAGUCAAAGAAGAGACCGAUCAUUCGCUUCCGGCGGAGGAGUCUACUCCUGUCGCCGAGGCUGAAGUGAUAGACGAUUUGGAAAAGCAGCCCGAAUCGAUUGAACCCCAGGCCGCGCCCGAAGUUGCAGAAGUUGCAGAGCCAGAGACGGGAUCGUCCAAGAAAAAGGAUAAGAAAAAGAAGAAGCGCAAGACACUAGAGUUGAAGGAGGACGAGACCAUUGAUUCUCCCGAGUCUUUAGACAGCGUCCAAGAACAGGUGGAAGCCACAGUUGCGCCCUCUGAUGUUAAAGAAAUCGAAGAACCCGUACAAGAACAUGCAGAAGAUCCUGCGCCAGGACCCGAAAAGCAGGAAGAAGACGAGCCCAAAUCUGCGAAGGCAAAGAAAAAGGCCAAGAAAGACAAGAAACGCCAGUCCAAACUCCUAGCCCUCGAGAGCGAACCCUCGACUCCCACCGAAACCGCCCAAGACCCGUCCGACGACAAACCUCGCGACCCCGAGGUGUCAGCCGAAGAAGUGGCACGCGAGACAAGUAAAGACCAGCAACCCACUACUUUGGGCUCAGAUGCACCCGCCGAGACGGAAAUCUCGCCUGUUGAAGAUAACGGUAAAGAAAAUCAGUCCCACGACACCGAACACCACGGCGACGACGAUAAAGAUUUGACUUGGACUGAUAACGAUAUGUCUUCGCAGGUAGAGAAAGAGCGGCAGCAAACGGCUUCCACGGAUCCGUUGUCCGAGCAUAAAAUCGAGUCCGAGAAGGUGGAGGCUACCAUGCCUGAAGAUGAGGUGGUAGAGGAAGGUCAAGAGGCUUCGGCCAAGCUUGAGCCGUCGGAUGAGAUUUUUACUGAAGAGAGAGGUGGCAAUGAUAUCGAGAUGGUUCAGAAUCAAGAAGUAGAAGAGGUGCAAGAUGAAACGGCACAGACGGAGCACAACAAAGCUUUGGAGGAAACGGCCGUCGAACCUAAGACAGAUGACAAUGAUAUUCCCGUCAGCACUCCUGAGGCAACUAACACCAUGGAAGAUGGGAAAGAGGAAGAAAUUGUCUCACAGCCAGCUAUCGAAGCCGAGCCCGAGAAACCAGCGGCCCAUCCCGACGAGCUUGAGUCAGCUAUCCCAUCAAGAAAGCUGAGCAAAAAGCAGAAGAAGAAGCAACGUCAGGCGGAAAAGGCUGCUGCCCAGCAGGAGCCAGAACAAAAACAAGAACCAACGCCCGAGACGGAAGCCGGGGAUUCAGUCACUGUAGAGGAAGCAAGCCGUGAGCCUGCAGCUUCCGAAGAAGCCCAAAAAAUGGCUACAGUGACGGGAGAUCCUGGUCCAGAAGAACAGGUUACAGUGGCCGCUACCGAAGAUAGCCGAGAAGUUCCAGGUUUGGAGACUACAGACGAUCCUUUAACUACUGAGGUCGCGGCCCCUGAAGAAGGGCAGGCUACAGCUUCGAUACCAGAAGACGGCCUCCCGCAAGAUGAACCGUCAAGGGAUGUUGCCGAGGAUACUCAAGAAGCCGCUGGUUUAACUACGAUGGAAGAGCAGCAGCCCGAGCACACCGCUCCAGAGUCUACCCAUGACACGACUACAUUGCCUAUCUCUGAAGACGUCACACAACAGACGGAAGAGACCCCCCGAGCUGUUGAUGAGGGUGUCAUCGAUGAAGAGUCUGCUGCCUUAGGAACUCGCGAUGUGCCUGGAAUUCAAGAAAACUCCGAAGAGUCUGUAACCGAAGAGCUUGCAACUGGGAAAAGCAAAAAGAAAAACAAGAAGAGCAAGAAGAAGGCUUUAAUUCAAACUGCAGACGCAAGUGAGAUUACCCCAUACGAAGAGCCUCCUGUGAUGGGUCCUGAAGCUGCAGUAGAAACAGACCUUACUGGGGAUGUUCCCGAAGUUCAAAUGCAGGAUGCACCCCCAUCAGAAGUCACCCAACACAAGGAUCAGCUAGAUGUCACCAUCGGGGCUGAGGAAGGUGCUCCUCAGCCUCAAAAGGAAGAGCCAACGGAGUCCGAGGCUACCAGGGAACAACAGUUUGAAAACGUACCUGAGGUUUCAUUUGAGACACCCGCAGAAGACAAGUCUCCCGCGGAGCAUCCUGAAGAGCCAAUGCUGAGUCGCAAGGAAUCUAAGAAGAAAAAGAAGAAGGCUAAGAAGCAGGCCAAAGAGCAAGAACAGCUAGACGAGUCCUCCGCCCCCGGAAAUGCGGAAAUUGAAGUUGAGAAUAUCAACCCAGCAGACGUUGCUGAAGCGGAAAGUCUACCUGCUGUGGAAGCUGUCGAAGCUUCCGAAGUUCAGCGAAGUCAAGAUGAACCAACUGAGAAGGCUGCAUCUGAACCUGGGGAUGAUGAGAGGAAAGCAGAGAUGGCACUGGAGGAGCCCACUCACAAGGAAGCUGAGGUGAAGACGGGAAGCGCGGAGACUCCAGUGGACACAGAGCAAGCAGAUAUGCCGCGGGAAGUUCCCGUCCAAGAGAUUAUCGCAGAUGAGGCUGAAAGGGAUAUUUUGCCAGAAGAGCAAAAGGUGGAGCCCAAAAUGCAGACACAGAACGCUGAACCCGCCGUCGAAAAGGACGACAUAGCGGCGUAUACAGACGAGAGUCGUUCAGUUGAGCCCGAGACUGUAUCUGUGCCUGUAUCAAGGAAGUUGUCAAAGAAGGAGAAGAGGAAGCUCAAGAAACAGGCUACGUCGGAGGAACCUGAGGAGGAGCAGCAAGCAGCCGAGGUAGAACCCAAAGAUAACAUCACUGUCCCACAGGCUACAUUGGAGGUGCCAGACACGCCACAAGAGCCAGUAGUGACAGAAGAACCUAUUGAAGCUGUGAAGGAAACCCCGGUAUCACAGCCUGAAUUGGAGCCCGUUUCGAUGAUCGAACACGAAGCAGGUACCUCUCGGGAACCAGGAAAUGAGGCCCUAAUUCCGUCAGGCAAUGAAAACUCGAAGGAUUCGGCAACCGAGCCACCCAAGAACGAAGAUCCUCCGCUCUCAAAGAAGCUUUCCAAGAAGGAGAAAAGGAAGAAGCGCAAGGGAGCAAAGACUGAAGAAUCCCAGCCUGAACCCGAGCCCGAGCAGUUGGCAGAACCCGCCAGCCUGCCUGGAGAGCAACCCCACGAGAGAUUCCUCGAGGCAGGUGAUGUUCAAGAAACAGAGCGUCGAGAUGAAGACGCAUGGCCUUCGAUAGACUGGGAGAAAGGUAAGGUCGAUACCGUUGAACAGUCUUCCCAAUCGUCCCCCGAAGCUCAUGCGGGUGCAUUUGUGCCAGAGAUUCCCGAGUUCAAGGAAUCUGCUAUCCCCGAAGCCCUUCUGGAGCAGCCAGAAGAGACUCCAGAGGAGGCAGUCAAAGAGAGCAGAGCUCAACCGGUGACUGGAACUAUCGACCGAGAUGUCGCAACAAGAGACUUCAACAUGCCAACCACGGGUUCGGCGCUCAACACCUUACACGACGUGGAGUCUAUAGAUGAGAAGAAGACGGAAGAAACCAAGCCAAGCAAAAUCGCCAACAUAUUCCCCAACCUUGAGCGAGGGCUCUUUCGUCGACCAAGUCCAACACAGCCGGUAAAAGAUGGGGCUGAGGAAGAGACCGUGGCACAAGCAGCGAGUCGCGACAGCGCGAUCCAGGUCUCGGAGGCUCCCAUCGCCAGAGAGGUAGAACCACAACUGGAGGUUAGGGAUAGCGGGUAUAUUGCUAGUCCCGCACUGGCUCAGGAUGAUGCAUACGGUGCUACUGCAAGAGAAUUGCCAGAUGCAAAGGUUGAGGCCGAGUCUCUACCCAAACGUCAACCAGAGAUUUUGGAACCGGAAUCUCAACCAGCUGAGCCGACUACUAUUCCAAGCCCAGCUGAAGAAGAUGAUGUCUUUGGGGCUACGUCUACGAAGGAGCUUCCAAACCUCAAAACCGACUUCACAUCGGAGCGUCAACCACAGAUUCCUGAGCCUGAGGAAUUUCGAUCCGUUGAGCAAGAUACAUGUGAACUUCGUCGCUCACCAUCAAUUCACGGCCGACAUGACCAUCCACCGCUACCUUGGUCUCUUGAUGAGCCUGCGCAAGCUCAAAAGGCACGAGAUAUCUCGCCUCCCACGCAGCUCCCGCCUAUCGCGGAACAGGAACCUGAGCGAUCCAUGGUCCGGGACGGGACGCCCCGACUGGAGAUGAAACCCGAGCAUGUACUUCCACGACCAGAAACUCCAGUCAGGAAAUUUACGGAGACUGCGCUGGGACGUCGAGCAUGGCCUUCACCUGAUAACUCGAACGAUGACUGGGAGAAGAUACAGAAGCCCAGCCCAAAGGGUCUCUCCCCAGAGCGAGGACUACGGUCGGAAAUCCUCAAAACGCCAGAACAAGACAAGCCGGUUCUCCGACCAAGCAGCAGGCCUGGAAGUGCCACGAGCAGCACGCAUUCACUGCGACGGAUCGUGCACAGCACUAGUGGAGAUCUGCGAGCGGCAGCACUUGCAGCCAGCCCAGCGGUUGCGCCAGCAACAGAACGCGAGCACCAAUCACGACCAACCACCCCCCAGCCAUCUCAAGGUCCCACCGACCUGAACGUCGGAGAGAUUGCAUCUUCCUCAUCCUACGAUCCCGUCACUGACAAGGGCAAAAGGCCCGUACGCAGCAUGACAGACGUAUAUGAGGGCUGGGGUGAGACGCCGACUUCGCCCCGGUCGCCUAGUCGACCGGCCAGCAUCCGGCACCGCCGAAGUAUGCAACACCUUCAAGAACUCGAAUUCCGUCUCGAGAAUCUCAUUCAAGAAAACCGUGAUAUUGCCGCUGCUCGCGAUGCCGCCGAAGAUAGACUACGAAAUGCCAGCCUCGCUCGUCGGAAGAGCGAUCAGGCUCUCAACACACGGGAUGCCGAUCUGCGCGACCGGGAGGCGGAGCUCGAACAACUCCAAGAAUCCGUGGAAUGGUUCCAAAAGGAGGUAGCUCGGUUGAACGAAGAAAACACAGGGCUAACGACCACGAAUACCGCGCUCAUUGCUACCCACGCACAAGAAAUCCGGAGAUCGCAACAAGCAGCAGCGCGCGAAGUUGAGCAAUUACGGUCGCAAAACGAACGUCUGUCUACCGAUGUACACGAACAAAUCAAAACAGAGAUUGAAGCAGCGUUGGGACAAAAGAAUGCGGAACUUCGUCGACUGCGCGAGGAACUUGAGAGCGCACGAAACAAAGUCAAGGAACUUCAAGAACAAAUCUCGGCCUCCAUGAACGACAAUGUCAUCGCCUUCCGAGGUGAGGAAUACUUCGAGGCAGCAUGCCAGAAGCUCUGCGGCCACGUGCAACAGUGGGUUCUGCGCUUCUCGAAGCAUUCCGACCACCGCCGCUGCCGCAGACUCGUCGAAGUGAAGGAUGAGAAAAUUGCGGACCGGUUCGACAAUGCCAUCCUAGAUGGAUCGGAUACAGAUGCCUACCUUGGCGACCGUGUCCGUCGGCGCGACGUAUUUAUGUCUGUUGUCAUGACCAUGGUGUGGGAGUUCGUCUUCACCCGUUACCUGUUCGGCAUGGACCGCGAACAGCGACAAAAACUGAAGUCGCUCGAGAAGCAGCUUAUUGAAGUUGGACCACGCAACUCAAUCCACCGCUGGCGAGCCACCACGCUGACUCUGCUCUCACGGAGACAAGCCUUCGCCAAGCAGCGCGAGAGCGACACUGAAGCCGUCGCGCUGGAAAUAUUCGAUACGCUCUCCCGCCUUCUUCCUCCUCCAACUAAUGUGGAAUCGCAACUCCUGGACUCGCUGCGCAAGGUCCUUCGCGUGGCGGUGAGCUUAUCACUCGAAAUGCGCACACAACUAGCAGAAUACAUCAUGCUUCCACCGUUGCAGCCUGAAUUUGACACGAACGGCGACCUCGCCCGCCAAGUAUUCUUCAACGCGUCACUCAUGAACGAACGCAGUGGCGAAACCACCUCUAACGAGGAACUCCAAUCGCAGAACACGGUCGUCCGCGUUGUGCUGUUCCCGUUGGUCGUCAAGAAGGGGAAUGACGCCGGUGAAGGUGAAGACGAAGUUGUCGUCUGCCCGGCUCAGGUGCUCGUCGCUCGGCCAGGCAAGGAUAAACGACUUAGCAAGAUGGCCAGCGGCGACCGCAUGUCUGUUGAAGCCAGCCGGUCGGUGCACAGCAUCGCGCCGUCCACCAUGGACAUGAGCAUGAAUAUGAGCAUGAGUAAUGUGAUCUAG